GUUAAAUUUUUUAAAUAAAGAACAUUUUAGCGAUCUCUUUUUCUUUGAUGUUUUUCUUUGUAUAAUAUGUUAAGGUCAGUCCAAUCAAAUUCAUGAUUAAGAGAUAAUCUACUUAUGUUUCGUAAACACAGAUUGGCUUAAUGAUGUGCUUUUUAUAUUACGUUGGUGUUCUUUGAUUCUUGUCUCAAAGUGUCUUUUAGUUUGUCCUACGCACAAAAAAUUAAUUAAAGUUUCUAUAUUUCCUCUGAAGUAUUCCUUUGUACUUUUCUCAGAUGCUCUUGGAAAGUCUCUUUUUUCGCAAAAUCCUCUGUUUUCAACAGUUUCGUUAAUUAACCCCUCGUUCUCAUUAGAUUCCUAUUAAAUAAUCGCGCUAAAAUAUAUAUAAAGAUACAUUAUUAAGCGUGUCUAUUGGAAAAUGUUAUACACACAAGAUAAGACCUUUUUCAUCCAAAGCACAAGCUGAAAUAAUAUUCAUUAAGAUUACUUUGUAGAAAUAACUAACUGUACAUAUUUUACGAAUAAUUCUUUUAUAAUCUUGUGUUAAAAGUACUCACGACUCUCAUCAAUGCAAAAAUAUGAUAUGAUAAAAGGGAACCGUAAUUUUAAAAAUAUAGAAAUAUUUAUCCCACCAGGAAAUUUUUCUGUUACAAUGUUCUUUUAUAGUUCUAUUAUCAUCUAUUAAUCUUAAAAACAUCCUUCUCUUAAUAUUUAUCAUUUUGGCAUAUUAACAAUUAUUUCACGAACCAAAUGACGCCAAUGAUUCUAUCAUUAAUUUACGCGUGCAUAAAUUUAUUCAGGAUUUGCUGCCAAAUAAUAACCUUGAUUACCAAUCAAUCUAUACAGUAUUUCAAUUUAAUAUCGUUAUGAUAAUUUAAUAUCGUUAGGUUAAUUAGUUGUUCGAACCGUCAACAUGUAAUGUCCACGCAAAUUUCAUCACGAUUAAACGCAAUUUAAUAGAAACUAUUGAUAUUUAUGUUUCCAGAAGUGGCGUACGAUUUGAUGGUCGCGUCGGUGUCAUCGAUGAUGGACGACAAUAACCUUUACAUGGACGAUGGCGUGGACGGAUUUCCCGCAUUUGGCUUUCGACCCGGCUCCGAAGUGAAGCAACCCUACAGACUGUAUCUUCCGGAGAAGUUGCCAGCCGAGUUCACCCUGGUAGCCACGUUCAAGCCGACCUCCUUUAGGACGAGCUACCUCUUCGCCGUUCUCAAUCCCUUCGAAACCGUUGUCCAAUUGGGCAUUAGAAUUUCGGAUGGGCCCGGCUCGAACCAGAAUAUCUCCCUGGUCUAUACGAAUUCGGACGAGCAUUCGCAUUCGGAGGAGGUGGCGAAGUUCACCGUGCCGAAGCUUACGAAGAAAUGGUCAAAGAUCGUCAUUAAGGUUUCGACGAACGACGUCACCCUCUAUCUUAAUUGCCACGAGAUGGCCAGACAGAGGAUUACCAGGAUCCCCCAGGAAUUAGUAUUCGAUACCGCCAGCACUCUGUACAUCGCCCAAGCCGGACCGCACAUCCAGGAACGAUACGACGUGACUGCUCUAGAAACCACCAAACUAUUCUGAGUGCUUCGUAAUAUAUUAUUAUUACUACACAAUAACAAUCAUAGUAAAGAAAUUUUAGAUUUUAUAAAAUGUAUAAAUAUAUAUGUUAUUUUAAAAUUUAAUUGAUGAAGAUAUGAAGAAUACAAUAAUUUCCAAAAUGAGAUCGUUUCGACAACAGAGUCGCACAUUAAUGCGUACAACGCCAUGCAUUUGUAUCUCAAUCAAAGAAACAUUCUUCGGGGACUUAAUAAUGCUUUAUGCAAAAUUGUAUUUUGUUUCAAAUAAUUAAUAUUACUCAGUCUGAGCAUGAGAAUAGUAUUUACGUAUAACCCCCAGCCCUUUAGUACCUCCAGUAUCGUAUUAACAGCGAGGAUAGCGUGAUUACAUAUCGUUGAUAUGGGAGAGGAUAAUUAGUUCUCAUCCUGAUGCAAUAUGAUCAGGGGACCACGUGUUGCACAAAUCGAUGAACGAAAUGCAUUGAUUUAUUCGAUCCUUCGUUAAUUAGCUAUCCUCGACAACAAGCGGACAUAUUGUGAUAUUUCGAAUCGGUUACGUAACGUUGCUUUGCGACCUUUUAUCGCCGAUUUCUCUUGUAACAAUUAAUUUACGUGUCAUAUUAAUAAAAUUAUGUGAAUGUUUGUGGAUUUCUCCUGUUUUAGAUAAUAUUAACUUGUGAAACGUGAUCUGUGCAUAUCAAAUAAUACAGUUCGGAUAUACUUUAAUGCGCGGACAGCCAUGAAGACAUUAUAUGAACUUUAUGAACUACUUAUGAAAGUCGUAAAUAUUAUUAAAGACGGCUACUUCGCAGAAUCGAUAAUUAUCGGUUAUUUUAGCGAGAAACUUUUCAUUUUAUAAUCGCGUCAAUUACCCGCAUUAAAAAAAGCAAUUAUG